AGUGAAAGAGCCAAAGAAGCAGGAGUCCAUGAGUGGCAGUGGAGGAGAAACUGAGAGGGGGAAUCUGGCAUAACAGGAGUGCAGCCACAGCACUUGUAGAAGGGGACUGAAUGAAAUCCUCAUGAUCAUUACAUACUUGCUCAAUAAUAGCACACCCCAGUCACGUCUCCUCGCAAGUACAUUUCGCUGGAAUCGCUGAGCAGAAGCAAAGACGAGCUGACGACUAUGUGUUUCCAAAGCGGGUUGCUGGAGCCCUGUGUAUGCCAUUGGCUGCAGUUUUCUGGUUUAUUUGCAGCUUCCCCCAUCUGGAAUAUGAAAAUGGGAUUGAAGUAGAUAAUUGCUAGCAGCGGGUUUUCAAGAGAGGCUUAGAGGGAACAGAAUGCCUCUCGCACAGCACAGACUGCCUGCGCCGAAAGAGCUCUGAAGAGAUGAUUUUAGAUGUUACCCACGUCUGAAUCUCCUGGAAACUUUAAGCUGGAAGUAAGCCAUUGCGCGCAGUCCUGGAGCUAACGUCCAAAAGGGACAAGGAAGGGGCAGCUGGGCUGAACAAUGGGAUACCUUGUCCUUAGAUUUCUUAUAGAAAAGCCAGUAAGUGUUCCCCUCCGCUUCCCAGUGGAAAGGGCAUGAACGUGACAAUGGACUGAAUUUCACCCAGCAGAGCUUCAGCAGCUUUUAAGGAUGGGAUACACUGACCCUUCAUCAAGCAGGGAUUUGCUGGGAAACAGAACUUUGUUCUUCAUAUUCAUCUGCGCCUUUGCCGUCGUCACCUUGCUGCAGCAGAUCCUCUAUGGGAGAAACUAUCUCAAAAGAGGGCUGCAGUUUAGCUGGCAGAAUGGAGAGGAAUUGGCAAAUUGGACCGGCACCAUUAAUUUCACCGAUGACGGAGCAGUGAAGAGUGGCAGUGGCACAGGCACCAGGUACUUUGAGUUUUAUGAAGGCCCUUUGGAAUACAACUCCACAAAAUGCCUCGAAUUACGGCAGGAUAUCAUUGCAGUGAAGGUUUUGUCUAUGGUUAAACAAACUGAAUUGUUUGACAGGUGGAAGAGCCUACAGAUGUGCAAAUGGGAGAUGAAUGUCACAGAAGCUAACUUAUUCAAGUCUACUUUGUCAAGGUGUUGCAAUGCCCCCACCUUUCUGUUCACCACCCAGAAAAAUACUCCCUUGGGGACUAAACUGAAGUAUGAAGUGGAUACGAGUGGAAUCUUCCAUAUCAACCAGGAAAUCUUCAAAAUGUUUCCAAAGGAUAUGCCAUACCACCGCUCCCAGUUUAAGAAAUGUGCGGUGGUUGGGAACGGAGGAAUUUUGAAGAACAGCAGAUGUGGCCGGGAGAUUGACAGUGCAGACUUCGUGUUUCGGUGCAAUUUGCCUCCUAUAUCUGAGAAAUACAUUACGGACGUGGGGGUAAAGACGGAUGUCGUGACUGUCAAUCCCAGUAUAAUUACUGAAAGAUUCCAUAAGCUGGAGAAGUGGAGGAAACCUUUCUAUGAUGUGCUCCAAGUCUACGAAAAUGCUUCUGUGUUGCUGCCGGCUUUCUACAACACUCGCAACACAGACGUCUCGAUCCGCGUCAAAUACGUCCUGGACGAUUUUGAAUCUCAGCAAGCUGUUUACUACUUUCAUCCCCAGUAUCUCAUCAACGUCUCGCGCUACUGGCUCGGUCUAGGGGUGCGGGCCAAGCGGAUUAGCACGGGACUGAUCCUGGUGACUGCUGCCCUGGAGCUCUGUGAAGAGGUCCACCUUUUUGGCUUUUGGGCCUUCCCUAUGAACCCCUCAGGGAUUUUUAUAACUCACCACUACUAUGACAAUGUCAAACCUCGCCCUGGUUUUCAUGCGAUGCCCUCAGAAAUCUUCAACUUUCUGCACAUGCACAGCAAGGGGAUCCUGCGGGUUCAUACAGGGACCUGCAGUUGCUGUUGACAAGGACAGUUCUUCCUCUGACACAAAAGUGCAAAGGGAACUCAAUGCCUGUGUAUGGUGUAAGAGGUUUUAUUACACCCUGAAAUUAUGCAAUAAUUGUUUGAUAUAAAUUUCCUCAAGGCAUUGCAUCCCAUAGGAUCUAGGAAACCAGCAUCUUUCCUGCUAGCAGAGUGGGGUCUGUAACAGUGUGGGUGAAGCAUAACUCCACUGUCCCAGGAUAUGCACUGCCCUGGAAAGUAAGUCGGAUAAGAAGCACAUUUCCAAUAGGUUUAGCGAUAUACAGAGCACAUUAAUAUAGGUAUCAUUUCACUUUGAGAAAAAGCACCAAACUUUUGAGAAGAAUCGGUGGUGGAGAAUUUUAGCAUAGACUGUUUGACCUCCUGAAUUUGACUGACGCUUUGACAGGUUCCUGAAUUGAAUAUCUUGGGGCGUUGCUAGAUUUUAUGGAAAGUACUGCUGUCUGGCAUUUGGGUUUUUGAAAAUCUUAUUUAGCAUUAUAGUUCUAAUGGCAAGUGUAUAACUUGAGGUCUUUAUUCUGUAAUUUCACAAAGUAUUGGUGAAAAAUUGCAGUUAGAUGUGAUAGGAAUAAACUAGAUCACUUUAUGAAUUUUUUCAGCAAAGGUAGGAGAGAAUGUUAUACUCCCAUUCCCAGCAAAAGGUAACUCUGUUGAGCAUGGCGUGUGAUUGUUUUAGAGCUUCUUUUUGAUUCCUUCCCGGGUCUCAUACUUCUGGUCUCCUCUGCUGAUGGUGUUUUCUUUCUCAUAGUUGGUAAUACUUUUCUUCUAGCUAACACACAAGCAAUGUGUGUGCUUUCUCCUACAGUGAGCAUCUCAGCUUCAGACAGGAGUCCCUGCUGAAGAACUGUGCUCCUUCCCACUUCGGCAAGCUUUGCUCAGGCUGAAUAGCAAGGAGACUACUUUAGUUAUAUUUCCUGAAUUGAUUUUUGUGUUCAAAUGUCACAGCAUAGCAUAGUAAAAACUUUUCCUCUUUCUUUGUUACGCUUUGUAAGAGCAUCUGAAUGCUGAUCGACUGUUGUGCAGGUUGAGGUAAACAUUUUCAGGCAUCUGUGACAAGUACUUACAGGAAAUGAAGUUAAAAAACAGUGAAUAUAUUUGAUGGUUUGGAUUGUGAUGCUUAUUUUAAAAUUAGGCAUCUCAAGACCUCAGAUGUCUUAAUGUGGCAUUUGUUUGUUUUGAGAAUGUUAUUAUGGUAGGACAAUUAAAGGGCGGUAUAUUCUUUAAAAAGUUACCAGUUACCAUCAGUUAUGUCAAGCUUCAUUUUUCACCUGAUGUAAUUAAACUGGCAAAAUCCUGAUGGAGAAAAGAUAUCACAUACUGCUGCGGUUUAUUUUGGCUGCUGAACGACAGUGUAGCAGGCUACUGGUAUAUGCCCUUUCGUGCUGGUAUGACUGCAUGCAUGAGGGUGAGGUUUGCUGUUCCAGCUGUUCUGCCAUAGAUAAAUGAGUGGAGUUUUCUAGUACAAGCUCUUAGUCUAAAGCAUUUGGACUGUUGUCCAGUCCUUGUCUUGUCUUUCUUAGAUUACAAGAUCUUUUAAAGUUUAAAGUGCUGGUCCUAUAUGAAGGAUACUUUUUCGUUUCAGGAGAGGGUUUAAAUCCAGUCAGGACUUGGGUUUUUAUUUUAUAAUGCAUGAAUGCACAAGGCUCCUUUAAAAGUCUCUGUGCUAUGUUGACAACUGUGAAAAUUGCUCACACUGUGGAUAAAGUGAUCAAAAAGGAAGUGAAGCAUGGUGGUCACCAUGUCAAAGUCCCUACUUGACCAGCAGGGACAUGGAUAGCACGAGAUAUCUGUAGCUUUACAUUAGACUCCAGAGGUCUGAUUACUUUAAAAGCAGCCUACGUCCUUGGUAAAAGUGUCGGAGCUUACUUGGGAAAUUCCAGCCAGAAGUGGGUGAGGGACCUGUGGUUAAGCUUUUUAUAUUUGUGUUGUCGUGCUUUUAGUCUUAGAGUUGUACUGUGUGUUCGUGAGCAUCGCUCCGUAUCAGCUAGCUGUAAGAUAUGCAGCACACUAAGAAAGAGCUUGUAGAUGAAAUGGUUUCCUUGAUUUAAUAUGCAAAAGAGAUCUUUGUCUUUGCCGUGUUGUGUAAGUUAAUGUCCAAAGGGCUUUGAUAAUGAAGUGCUGUAAGGAAAGUGCUAUAUAGAGAGCAAUGUGACGCAGUGGGAUGGCCAUCUUGCUGUGCAUUAAGCUUUAUAAUAGUGGGAGUGACGCUGAAGCCUGUACCUAGAGCCCUUACUUCUUAUUCUGCCUGAGUAAGGAUCUAGCAGUGACUUCAGCAUUGCUUUGUUGCUGCUGCUUUGCUAAGGAUACUUUCUUUGGUAAGGUUUUUUCUUCACUGCGUUGAUUGAGGUGAACAAAAGUAACUGAAAGGAGUCUGAUAUGUUGCAAGAGAAGCUUAAAAAGGAUGGGAAAGCACAUAAGAAGCAUCCUCAUAUUGGAAAGAAAUUGUGCAGAUCCCCCUUGUGGACUUUUUGGACAGGAAAAAGGAUAAGCAAAACUGUAACAGGGUCACAGACAUUUCCUUUCCUUUGUUUGCUUCGUACAAAUGAGUAAUGUAACUUCUCCUAGGCUAUACUGUAAUAAGUGCAGUUUUACUGUGUUUAGAUUUUGAUUGGUUAUAAGUCUAUAGCUACUAUAUUUUUUUAAUGAUUUAAAAAUGUGUGUGCAGGAUACUCACACAUACACACCAAAGGCCCAAUCCUGCACCAUUUAUUUGAGAAGAAUUCCCAUUCAAGGAGAUGGGUGUUUUAUUUGUGUAGGGACUGCAGAAACAGGCCCCAGACAUGUCUAUGAAGAUGUAUAUAGUUGUAUAGUUAGAUAUAGGGAGCGAUUUGCAAGCCGGAAAGAUUUUUAAAGAAAAGGCAUGCAUAUUUACUCUCUGGCUCAUUUUUCAGACGUUGCUUAGAAAAUGAUUGAAGAGAAGCUACAGCAUUUUUGUCAGAAAUGCCGUUAAGUAGAAGCUUUUGUAUUUUUCUUGGCCUCCUUACCUUGCACCGGGCUCUGUAAA